AUGGAUAGCUGGAGAGUAGCAGUGCUUGGGGAUGGAGGUGUGGGGAAAACAGCUCUGGCCGUGCAGACAUACGACCCCACAAUAGAAGAUGCUUACCGAAAACAGCUGGUGGUGGAUAACAGAAUGUGCUUUGUAGAAGUCAUUGACACUGCAGGCCAGGAGGAGUAUGCCACCUUGCGUGACCAAUGGGUCCGUGAAGGCCAAGGCUUUAUUCUCGUAUACUCGAUCGCCUCUAGAUCGACUUUUGAUCGGCUCGAAAUAUUCCGACAGUCCAUGAGGAGGGUCAAACGAGGUGACCCCAUAUUUAUGCUCGUUGGCAAUAAAUGCGACAAGACCUACGAACGAGAGGUGUCGAAGGAAGAGGGUGCCGCGCUAGCGCGUCAGUUUGGCUGCGAAUUCAUCGAGACUUCCGCCAAGACUCCCACAAAUGUCGACCGUCUUUUCACCAACCUCGUGCGGUCACUACGACAAACCAGGAAUAUAGAGCCUGGCGCGCCAGCUGGCGCACCGCUGAAAAAAGAGAAGAAAAAGUCGUCAAAGUGUGUUGUUAUGUAG